GAAAAAUAUUGGAUAUUGAAUGCGAGCACUCGUUUUGAAAUGUUCAUUUGAUCCCGCUAUACAAACUUAAGAAAACAAUAUGUUAAGUUCUGUUAAACAAAAACUCCAAAAAGUUUUUAUCCAAUCCAAAGAUACCUCAAAGAUUCUCGUUUUGAUUCUUCUAUAUAUCUUUCAGGGAAUCCCUCUUGGAAUUUCUGCGGCCAUCCCUUUGCUUUUUCAAUCAAGUCUUCGCAGUGCAGAUUACGGAGCGUUGGCAGCAUUCUCACUGAAUCAUUAUCCUUUCUCUUUUAAACUCCUUUGGGCGCCGAUAGUUGAUUCGGUCUACUGCAAAUUCGUUGGCCGGCGGAAAACUUGGCUAAUAAUAACCCAGUAUGCAAUAGGAAUUGAGCUAAUCGUCAUGGCAAGGUAUAUUAAUGAAUGGUUUGGGCGAGAUCCAACUAAUCUCUGGAGUAAAUUUGGUUCUGAUCAUCCAGUUGAAAUACCCCGAAUAACGGCGGCAUUUUUCUUGCUCAUGUUUUUCGCAGCAACUCAAGAUAUAGCUGUUGAUGGAUGGGCCAUUUCACUGUUAUCAAAAGAAAAUUUAGGUUGGGCAUCUACGUGUAAUAAUGUUGGACAGACAAUCGGACGUGUUAUUUCAUAUGUUUCUCUGAUAUGCUUGGAAUCACCGGAAAUUUCAAAUAAAUACCUAAGACGAGUACCAGUUAAAGGUCAAGGAUUGAUAUCCAUUCCAGGAUUUUUCUAUUUCUGGGGAAUUCUUUUCAUGGUAUUCAAUACACUCAUAGUAUUAUUACAACAUGAAGAAAAUUCAAAAUUGGAUCUACAUCUACACCAAUGGAUCAAAUGUUUAUGCAAUAAAUUUAAGUCUAAAUCAAAUCGUUUAACAUCACCAAACUCUUGUCAAAUGAUAAUCACUGAUAAACUAUCAGAUGUGAUAUCAAAUAAAUCCUAUAAUGAAAUGCAUAAUAGUACAGAGAUGAAUGCAGAAACACUGAACACUGAGGGUGUUCAAAGAGAAAUUUCAUAUUAUUCUGAUAUCAAAACACUUCCUGAACCAAAUGAAAAUGAAGUAAAAGAAAGACGGAAUUUAUCUUUAAUAGGAACGUAUAAAGUUAUUCUGGGUGUUAUGCAGUUGAAAGUAGUAUGGAUGUACUUGUUGCUGAUAACUAUCUCCAAGGUGUGCAUUGGUUUUGCCACUUCAGCUACAACCUUAAAACUAGUCGAACAAGGAUUCCCAAGAGAAAAUAUUGUUGUCUUCGAUAUCCUCUUUUUACCAUGGGAUUUUAUUUUACCAUUUGUGUUUCUACGUUGGACUCAUGGACCGAAACCAUUAACGCUUUGCAUGAUAGCAUUUAUACCCAGGUUGAUUUGUAAUAUUUUCAGUAUUCCAAUCAUUCAUUACACUCCAUCGUUUCGUGUAGAUGAAAAUGCUUUAACAAUAAAUAAUACACUCUUAAUAAAUAUGAAUAGCAGUAAUGAAGCAACAGCAUCAUAUUCUUGGACAUUUUAUGCAAUUCUCUGCGCUUUUGGAUUAACUGAAACAAUUUUAUUUAACUUUAUGUUACUCUUACAAAUGGCCUUCAAUGCAAAGAUCAGUGAUCCAGCUAUCGGUGGGACAUAUGUCACACUGUUGAAUACUGUGUCAAAUAUUGCCGCCGCUCUUUCCAAUACCAUAAGUCUUGCACUGAUAAAUCCGCUAACCAUUGAAACAUGCACAUACAAAAGUAAUACUACGGAGAAUUAUCUAAAUACCAGUGUGGCAAUGAUGAAUAUUGUGAAUAGCACAUGCAAUACUUCAAGUAUUGGAAAGGACUGUACUGAUACUAUAAAACCGUGUGUUAAAUUAAUCGACGGUUAUUAUAUUCUCAUUGUUGUAGCCAUCUUGACUGGUUUAAUUCUACAUCCUUUAUAUUUAUAUCCUACGGCAAAACGUUUACAAAAACUACCAAGAGAAGCAUUCUCCUAUCAGCCGACUGAAGCCGACACUAACAAGUGUACUUCUGCUUCUGUACUAAGUAUCUGUUGUAAUUCAAAGUGUAAAAAACGUUCAACAACCAAUAAUGAUGGUGAAACAGAAGAAAAUAUAACCAAUUUGUCUGAAUCAAGUUAUUUAUAAAUACCAAAGGAUCGAAAAAAAAUAAUAAAAAAUAAAAAAAGGAGUCUAAAUAUUAUAAUUUUCAUCUUUUGUUUUGAAACAAACAAUUAUACUACUCACUGUUUUUAACAUAACAAAAUCAGAUUUUUGCAUGAACCGAGGCGAAUGGACCGAGAAUUUAACUAAAUGAUAAAGGAUCUAUUCGCGGAUCUUCGUUUGUUUAUUGCUGAAAAACACUGCUCUUCCCUUUUUUUUAUUUUCAAAGAUGUCUUUAAUAAUUUUUCAACUGGUAAUUAGAAAAUUUUGUGAUUCAUCUAAUUUUCGGUACCAGGUGAAAUGAAUAAAUUAUUUUUCUUGCAAAAUGGGACUGAUACUACUGAUAUACAUAUAUAUAUGUAUAUUGUUCAUUUUUUUUGCUGUGUGUUUCUCGGUUCGAUUCCCUGCCGGCAUACUGCUAAACCUCUACUAGUCAGUAGUACACCCGGUUAGGGUUAGGGAAGGCUGCCGAACGGGGCUAGUAAUCGUCCUAUCCCAUGAAAAAAAAACCGAACUUCCUCCCGAUAUCCGGUUAGUGAAAUUUCACAGGGCACAAGUUGGAAAAAGAUUAGCAUGGCCCCUGCGCAAGGAUGACACGCAAAAUCGUGAAACAUUCCAAGUUGGAAACCCUUUACUCAUUUCGGAGUGUAAAAGGACGGAAAAAGGAAAGAGAAAAAAUCCUUUAAGUUAAGUACACAAUUGAACGAGAUAAUAAUCAUUCAGAGAAUUUGUACAGAUAAUAAAGCUGAUGUGGAUAGAUAGUGUUUGAACAAGUUUUGAUAAUAACCAAAACGGUUUCUUCUUCUUCUUCUCUUUGACAGUUUGUUCUCGACAUUCAACUCGAAAUCUGUCCAUUAUACGUAUACAUUCCUUGUGAAUAUUCAUUCAUUUGUUUCUAUAAUAAUAAGCAGUUUUCACAUUUGAGUUUUAGAAAUUCAUUUUCUACUUCUUUUUAUGUUCAUUAUAUUAUUCAGAGUAUCAAAAUAAAUUUAUUACGC